AUGACAGAGAACACUCAACAAGACCCAUUUGGUCGACUUCCCGAGGAGCUCAGGCUCCAGAUAAUCAAACUCUCUCCGAACCCUUUCUCACUACGAAACCUGGCCCAUGCGUCGCCCGCUAUGGGCAGAGUGCUCGACAGAUAUCCGCUCGAAAUUGUGGAGGAGGUUAUGACGGUUACCGUUCCCGUGCAGACGCGUCGCCUGAUGGACGCGGUCCUCAAAGCUCGCUUUUCAGACUUCUUCGCAUCCAUGCCCGAGGCUCAAACUAUUGCUGAAGCUGACUGGGUUUUCGCCACCGAAAACAUACAUUCGUCUGGACGAGACCAAGCUGCCGCGGCAUUAAGGCCUUCCACGCUCAUCAAAACGGGGGCUGGCUGGAGAAACCAGGAUCGUUUCGGAAACGCCGAGAGCCGAAAGGACUACAUUCCACAGGAGACCGGCCCACCUUCGUACGUGGAGGAGAAGCGGAUGAUGGAAUCGUUUUGGCGACUGCAGUUUCUCCUGGAGCUCCAGGACGCCGGUCGUAAGGGCCGCCUGGACGCCAUAUGGCCGAGAGAGGAAAUUGAUGCGUUGUUCGAGAGCAGCGCGGAUGGCUUUUACGACGUGCACAAGUCCUACCGGGAGCAGAUUUUGACCGCCAGCGACUUUUUCGACGCAGUCACCUCUGGGACCAUUGCUUCGGUGGAAGCUGUCAAGAACAACGCUUUUGGUUUGCCAACGAUACGUUGGGAAGAAGGGGCAGUGUCUAGGUGUUACUGUGCCGACCCGGUCUUCUUCGUCGAUAGUAAGAAGGACAUAUUCCAUCAGGAUCCAAGUUGCGAGUACUUAGGGCCAUGGGGGUACAUGUUUUGGUGCAGAAUGUCCUCACUCGAAGGAUACGAAGAUGGGGGUCCGCUUACGCUUGUGUACCCGUUUAAGUGCUGGCGCAAAUAUGGAUUUGCCAUAUGGGAUGAGAAGCGCAUGGCUGAUCUAGGCAUGCGGCACCCAACGAAAAACGAAGCCAAAGGCGCAUUUCUUCCACCGUGCGAUCUUAUCUACGUCCUCGAGACGAAGCAGCGCAACAAUCGAUACAGCCUCACAGUUCAACUACCAACUAACACCAAUGCCAGCGCAAAUUGA